GCCUCAUCUCUUUCCUCCCCCUUGCUCCCUGCCCACUGCCCCUCUUUUUUCCUUUCCAUGGAUAGAGCUGCAAUUGCCUUAGCUGCUCAGCAGCAGCAGGGGGCGGAAGGGGAUGAGAAAGAGGAGCAGAGGCAGGAGCAGCAGCAGCAGAAGGAGGAGCAGCAGGAGGGAGCAUGGGGUGCUGGUGCUGGAACAGCCGGCCAGCUGGCAAGUCUGUGGCUGGCCGUCAGUGUGGUCAUGGCAGUGCAGUUCGCAGCUGCAGUGGCGGUUGGCAGUGAGGCGUUUGAGGAGGGUGCCCUAGAUAACACAUCAAGGAGUGAUCGAGGCAGCUUCAGAGGGAAUGGUGCUGAAGCCGGAGCAGCGGCAGUGCGAUGGGGGGCAGCUGCUGCAGUGGCGGCUAGCAGUGAGGCGUUCGAGGAGGGUAUUUUCAUUAACCCGCCUCUUUCUGAGACAACUGAAACAUCGUUUGACAGGGGUGCACCAGAAGAAGCAGCAGGGCGGGUGGGAGGGAUGGGCCGAGAGCAAAUGGAAGAGGAAUCUUCGGGGCGCUUUCCCAGUGAUGACUUGUGUGGGUCUGUGGAGGAGAGGAAGCUUCUUGCAUGGAACAGGCCGGGUUCCUCAGCAUUACCAAUACGGCACGCUCUGUUCGCAUCUCUUGGAACAAUCACCACCAUCGCUCUCAUCCUCACACUCUCCACUUCCCUCGCUCUCACCCUUCCCGUCCUCCUCUCCUCCCUCAUCUCCUCCCUCCCCUCCACUCCAUUCCUCUCAACUUCUUCACAAUAUUCUUCCUCUCAAUCCUCCUCCUCCCAGUUCUCCUCCUCCACCUCGCCCUCUGUGGACGACCGUCGCCUCAUGCCCGCAUCUGCUUCUCUCACGCUAACCAGAGUGCUGGCCCUCGUUUGUGUCACACCCUUGCUCGCCUUCUUUACAAGACUCGUGUUGCCUAUCGCAGCAGCAAUGGGGGAAGGCUUCUCCUCCUCCCUGCGCACCUCCCUCCUCUUGCUCCGCUCACAUGCCUCCGUCAUCAUCUCCCUCUCGCUCUCCUCCUCCCUCCUCUCCAUCGCCCUUAUCACCUCCCACGUUGCUGCGCUAGCUUCUCUUGGGGCAUUGUUUGGCAUUUUCCUUGAGGGUGGACUGAAUGAAACGCUUUUGGGCCGGCGGGUGGCAGUCAUUUGGGUCUUCCUUGCGCCUUCCAUUGCUGCUGUGCUGCUGAAUCCGUUCGACCUUCUGACGGGUGGAGGCGGCGCGGGCGGUGGUGCUGACGGAGGCUCCAAGAAUCGCCGAAACCGGAAGAAGAAGCAGCAGCAAUCUCAAGGAGACGACCAGCAGCAGCAGCAGCAGCAGCAGCAGCCUCAGCAGCAGCAGCAAAAGCAGGAGCCGGAGGUGGUUCAACCUGCACCAACCGAACCUCAACCGCCAACAGCCACGGCCGCUGCUUCGAUCGGCCAGCAGGCAGAUGCAGCUUCCCCCGCAGCUGCCUCUGCACCUUCCGCUGCGAAGAAGAAGAAGGGGAAAGGCGCAAAGGCGAGGCAGCCUCGUUGGGGGGACGAGGAGGAGGAACCAGCCAAUGGCGCAGUCGCUGCUCCUGAGAUCUCCUCCAAACCGGCAGGAGAAGCCGCCGCGCCGGCAGUUACGCCUUCAUCUCCGCCGGCGGCCGGCACGGAAAUUCCGCUAAUCAAGGAUCCCAAGGCGUACGAGACGGGGGGCCUGAUGCCGGCGGAAUGGGGGGCGGAAACCGCGCGGGAGGAGGCGUGGCAGCAGGGCGGAAAGAGCAAAGGCGGAAAGCAGGCCAAAUCCGCGGGUGCCGCCGCCGGCGCGGCUCCAGCUGCGCGUGGCGGGAACAUCGGCGCUGCUGCUGUGCCUGCCCCGGGCGCGGGGGGAGCGAUCAGCGCGGAAGCUGCGGCGCUGGAGGCGGCGGCGGAGGCGUGCGGAAGGGAUGCGGAGGCGCGGGUGAGGCAGUGGCACGACUGGACUGUGCGCGCGCAACAACUGCCCGCGCCUGGCACUGCGACGGCGUGGAAGGAGAUCUUCUUGAGGAGUCGAGCAUUGGAGAAGACGGUUGAGAGCUGCAUCACACUGCCUCUGUAUCCCCACCACCUGCCGCACCUCCAGGCGCUGCUCUCUGUGUCUCUGGGCCAUCAGGAGGCGGCUCAGGUGAUUUCUCAGGUGGCAUCGGACCUCUCUCAGGUGCUAUCCGAGGAAGGCGCCACCCUGGGCCUCACAGGUGGAUCUGCAGGCAAGGGAGCAGCGGGAGGGGAUGUGCGUGGGGCAGCUGCUAAGGCUCUGGCUGCUGCUGUGACUGCAGUGAAGCUGGGCGGGUCAGGGUGGGCGGUGGAGCGCAUUGCAGCACAGCUUGGGGACGCGGGUGUGUCCUCGAAGCUGCAGGAGAUGCAGACCAAGGCCGCAUCAAUGGAGCACCAGCUGCAGAUGAUUGCUGCAGGAGGAGCAGCGGCAGCAGCAGCAGUGGGAGGCGCAGCAGCAGGGGUGGCUGCAGACGAGGGCGGAGCAGCAGCUCGUGGCGUACGGCUAUCUCAGCUGGUGAACAUCACCGAGUCGCGAAUCAACCUCCUUCUCUCCAGCCUGCAAUCCCCAGCGCCGUCCCCUGCCGAGUCUGCCUCUCCUGCUGCAGCGGAAGCAGCUGCUGCUGCCGCUCAAGCUUUGCAGUCUGUGCGCGACCUUACAGCCGAGAUCGUCCGUCGGAAAAAACUCCCACCGACACCUAGCUCAGCCGCUCAGGGGAAAGCAGGAAAGCUGGUUACAACAGCGGUUGCAGGAGUAGGCGCGAGUGGGAAAGCUGGCGCUGCGGCUGGUAGUGGUGGUGUGGGAGGGGCAGCAGAGGAGGGCGGGUGGGAGACGCAAGGGGGAGGAGGCAAGGGUGGGAAGAAGGGCGGGAAGAAGGGGGGUGGAGACAAGGGCAAAGCAGCACCAGCAGCAGCAGCAGCAGCAGCAGCAGGUGCAGCAGCAGGGGCGGCUGCAGUGGAGGAGGCAAGGAGGAAGCUAGAAGAGGCAGCAGUGGAGAGUAGCAAGCUGAGGAGCCAGGUGGAGGCUGCAGAGGCAGAGGCAUCUAGGCUGCGAUCGCUGUGGUUGGAUGCAGAGGCGAGGCGGAAGCAGCUGGAGGAGGUGCUAGCUGCUGCCUCUGCUACUGCUGCCGGUUCUGGCGGAAAGUCCCCCGCAGCAGCAGCCCAGAACGUGGUCCCGGCACCAGUAGCGCCAGUAGCAGCGGUUCAACCCGAGCAGCAGCAGGGGCAGGGGCAGGAGGGGCCGCAGCUGACGCCAGAGCAGCUGCACCAGCUGCGGUGUGCGCAGCAACUGGGGGUGGUGCAUGCUCUCGAGUCCGUGCUGCAGCGCCCGCACAUGCCCCUUCCAGGGCACGCUGGAGGUCCAUUCUCGGGCGCCCCCGACCGCGAGGCAGCAGUGAUGGCCGUGGUGGGGCAGGCAGUGGAGAAUCAUCUCAGUGCGCUCUCCGCCCUGCUGCACGCCAAGCUGGACCAGCUCAAAUCAGCCGGCGAGCGUCUGCAGUUCUCCCAGGAGAAGCUACAGAAGAUGAAGGCUGAGAAGGACGCUCUGAAGGGCAAGCCACAGCUGGCUGCAGCUCUCGCCAGGCCGUUGCAAGCCAUUGAGCACAUGCACAAGACUCGUGUUUCUGAGGUCCAAUCGGUGAUGGCAGAGGCAGAGGCACUGGAAGCAGCACUGCAGAAGCCGCAGCUGCGGUCGGCAGUGGCACUGCUGCCGCCCAUGCCGUCAGUCAACGACUUCUUACAGCAGAUCGGCGUCACGCUGCACCAGGUACACCAAGAGUAUGCUGCUAUCCAAGCAGGCGCGGCCAACUCAGCUGCUGCCUUGGCCGCUCCAGGCCGCAUGCCCCACACCCUCUUUCCCUCUCAACUCAAUCCUCCCCUCCCUCCCCUCCCUUCCACUCUCCCCCUAUCAGGUACACCAAGAGUAUGCUGCCAUCCAAGCAGGCGCGGCCAACUCUGCUGCUGCCUCUGCUUUUUCCUCUCAACGUAA